AUGGAAGCAGGCAACCAAACGGCCGUAGUGGAGUUCUUUUUGCAGAGCUUCUCAGAAGAUCCCCAGGUCCGGGGCUUGCUCUCAACCCUUUUCCUCCUCUUCUACCUCAUGGCCCUUGCAGGAAAUGGCCUCAUCUUCACAAUUAUCAGCCUGAGCCCAGCCCUGCACACUCCCAUGUACUUCUUCCUCGCCAACCUGGCCAUUUUGGACAUUGCCUGCACAUCCACCGUUCUCCCCAAGUUGCUGGAGAGCCUGAUGGUUGGGGUGGGCACCAUCUCCUACAGGAGCUGCCUGGCCCAGCUCUUCUUCCUGACCUUGUUCCUGGGUGCUGAACUGGUGCUGCUCACAGCCAUGGCCUUUGACCGCUAUGUGGCCAUCUGCCGGCCACUGCGCUAUGGUGCCAUCAUGAGCCGACGGCUAUGUACACUCCUGGCCAUGGCCGUAUGGGCAAUUGGUGUGCUCAACACAUCUGUGCAAAUGGGCCUCAUGAUACAGCUGGCCUUCUGUGGCCCCAACCACAUUGAGCACUUCCUAUGUGAUGUCCCCUCAUUGCUCCCACUGUCCUGCAGCCCCACAACACUCAACAGCAUCAUGAUCGUCAUGGCUGAUGUCUACUUUGGCGUGGUCAACUUUGGGCUCAUCCUGGCCUCUUACGGCUGCAUUGUGGCCAGCAUCCUGCGCAUCCGCUCAGCAGCAGGCAAGCGCCGUGCCUUUUCUACCUGCUCCUCCCACCUCCUAGUGGUCACCUUGUAUUACUCCACCCUUAUCUACAACUACUUCCUCCCAGUCUCAGGCGCCUCCAUGGAUACAGGCAAAGUGGUCGCUGUGCUGUACAUAGCAGUCAGCCCCACACUGAACCCGCUCAUCUACACGUUGCGGAAUAAGGAUGUGAAAACGGCACUUCAGAAAUUGACUCUCUCCUCCUGGUAA